AUGGACUUCUUCCAGCUGAAUCUACCCGCAAUUCCUGUACAGGAGAAAUCGAUUCGGAUCAUUCACGAACCCAAGGACUUUUAUCAGACGCUCUUGGAGCAAUCUUCGAAGGCGGAAAAACGAAUAUGUUGGAGCAGUCUUUAUCUUGGAGAAGGGCAGUUAGAGAGGAAUUUAGUAAAUACACUUGAUAAGCGACUGAAAGAAGUACCUGAUUUGAAAUGCUCCAUUUUGUUGGAUUAUUUACGUGGGACACGAGGAACAGCCAAAGAAAAGAGCAGCACCACUUUGUUAGCACCGAUAGCUGAUAAAGCGCAGAUUUCACUUUAUCAUACGCCUGAACUUUCGGGGAUCAUGAAAAGUGUUCUGCCGGAAAGAACCAACGAAAUAUUUGGGCUACAACAUAUGAAACUAUACAUUUUCGAUAAUUCAGUCCUGAUCAGUGGAGCCAACUUGUCCGACUCUUAUUUUACAAAUCGACAGGAUCGCUAUUUCCUGUUUGAAAACGUUCCUGAGCUGGCUGAUUUCUUUUGUGACGUUGUUCAUGAGAUAUCCCGCUCAGCAUUUCUGCUACAAAAAGAUGGUCACAUUCACCCGCAUGAGGAUUGCCAAAUGUUGAACGAAAGUCAGACUCGAUAUAAAGCUUCGGUUGAGAAACGGAUUCAUCGUUGUAUUGAUACUUUGAAAGAAAAGAUAAGCAAUUUGAAAAUUAGAGACGCCGACACAAUACUUUAUCCACUUUUGCAGAUGGGAACUUUCAACAUCAAUCAAGAAUAUGACUUGCUUCGGUCUCUUUUCAAACAAAAUGAUGAAUCUUUGGAAGUGGCGAUGGCAUCAGGAUAUUUUAACUGUGUCGACGACUAUGUAAACGAAAUGUUUUAUGAAGGACGUUAUAAACUGGAUAUUUUGAUUGCUUCGCCAAAGGCAAACGGUUUCUACGGAGCGAGCGGAGCUUCUCGUUAUGUCCCAUCAAUGUAUUCGUGGAUAGCCAAUGAGUUUCUCAAGACUGUCGAAGCUAACAAAAGAUCAAAAGACGUCAAAAUGCAUGAAUGGAGUCGUAAUGGAUGGACAUUUCACGCGAAAGGAUUAUGGUUUCAAAAAAGCGAUACUUUGGCAUGCAUGAUUGGAUCGAGUAAUUACGGUUAUCGCUCUGCCCAUCGUGACCUUGAGGCUCAAGUGCUUGUUGUCACCAAAAACGAUUCUCUGAAAGCUCGAUUAUUAGAAGUUUCUCGGGUUUGCCUGCAGUUCUCGAGGGCCAUUGCAGGUAUGGGGAAAUUGGGCACGCACAACGGGAAAUUUCAUUGUGAUGAGGCACUGGCCUGUUUCCUGUUACGAAAACUUCCUGAGUUUAGCGACUUCGAUCUUGUGAGGACUCGUGACCCAGCAAUGCUUGAAAGUUGUGACGUGGUUGUGGAUGUUGGAGGAGUGUUUGAUCAUGAAAAACGACGUUAUGAUCAUCAUCAAAAGGAAUUUGCUCACACAAUGCAAACUCUCGGUUUCCUUGAUUUCUCCACAAAACUUUCUUCCGCGGGACUUGUUUAUGCUCAUUAUGGGCGCCGUUUAAUCGCACAGCUUACUGAGGUCGACGAGAAUGAUCCCAAAGUUACGCUAUUUUAUCGAAAAGUUUACGAGGUUUUUAUCGAACAAAUUGAUGCAGUUGAUAAUGGGAUUCCGCAAUAUGAUGGCGUUGCACGCUAUCUUUCGUCGGGUGGAAUAUCAGGUCGGGUCGGGCACUUGAAUCCACAUUGGAAUGAAACAGAUAUUGAUCCCGAUGAGAGGUUUCGAAUGGCGAUGGAAUUGGUAGGACAUGAAUUUGUUGAGGUUGUGCUGUAUCUUAACAGGGUUUGGUGGCCAGCACGGGAGCUGGUAGAACAAGCUGUGAAAAAUCGUAAUGAGGUUGAUCCAUCGGGUAGAAUCUUGCUUUUGGAAAAUGGCGGUGUUCCCUGGAAAGAACAUUUCUUUGAUUUGGAGGAAAGUGAGGGUAUUGUUGGAACUCGAAUUACUUACAUGCUUUUUGGUGAUUCGACAGUUUCAGGAUGGCGUGUUCAAGCUAUUCCAACCGAUCGUAAAGCCAAUUUUGAAAAUCGGGGACCUCUUCCAAAAGCAUGGCGAGGGUUGAGGGAUGAUGAACUUUCAAAAAUUGUAGGAGUUGAUGGGUGUAUCUUUGUUCACAUGACGGGCUUCAUUGGUGGACAUAAGACGCGUGAAGGUGCAAUCGAGAUGGCCAAACGAGCACUCCCAAUUGUGGACCGAGAAAUGGAGGAAGCACAAGCCAAGAAAAAGCAGCAGGAUGAGCCU